AUGACGUACAAUGGAAAAGACUAUCACGCGUUUUAUUCCAAUUUUACAUUUUCUCCUGAAACCCAAGGUUAUAAGCUGUCUGUGAGCGGGUAUUCUGGUACCGCCGGUAACUCUCACAACAGAGUGAACAACAACCAAAAAUUCUCCACGUUCGACAAAGACAACGACAAAUACAUCAAUGGGAAUUGUGCCGUCAGCUACAAGGCCGCGUGGUGGUACAACCAAUGUCACUACACCAACCUCAACGGCCUAUGGGGCUGCAACAGAAGUAGCGAGGGUUUAAACUGGUAUGACGUCACGGGGAUAAAUGGCAGUGUCAGCAGGAGCGAGAUGAAAAUAAGACCAGUAUCUCCCUAG